UACUUCUCAAAUUGUAACUAUCAUUGGUUAUAAUUUUCACUUGUUAAAAUAAAUCGUAAGACGCGUAUCUUAUUUAUGAUGUAUCUUUGGUAUAUAGGUGUGUAUUUUACGAACUAUAGUAGUAGUGACAAAUUAGUUUGGAUUAAAUCAAUAUAGAAGACAUAUUAUUAACUUGAAAGGUUGCAAACUAACCGUCACAACGGGGAUCGAACAGUCAGCCAUGUCCGUCUCUCAGAUGGAAAAGAAUUUGUUUAACUUAAAGUUCGCUGUAAAGGAAUUAGAGAGAAAUUCCAAAAAAUGCGAGAAAGAAGAGAAAAUAGAAAAGGCGAAGGUAAAGAAGGCAAUACAGAAGGGAAAUAUGGAAGGAGCAAGAAUACAUGCUGAAAAUGCAAUUAGACAAAAAAAUCAAGCAUUAAAUUAUCUACGUAUGAGUGCUCGUGUUGAUGCCGUUGCCAGUAGGGUGCAAACUGCAUUAACAACAAGAAAGGUUACACAAUCUAUGGCUGGUGUAGUCAAAGCAAUGGAUGCUGCAAUGAAGUCAAUGAAUUUAGAAAAAAUAUCAGGUUUAAUGGACAAAUUUGAAAGUCAAUUUGAAGAUUUGGAUGUUCAAAGUUCAUACAUGGAAAAUGCAAUGUCACAAACAACAACAACAAAUGUACCACAAAACGAUGUUGAUGCAUUAAUGCAACAAGUAGCAGAUGAAGCUGGUCUUGAAUUAAACAUGGAACUUCCACCUGGACAAUUAGGAAGUAUUGGAUCUUCUAUAUCUGUAAGUCAGGAACAGGAUGAACUUACACAACGGUUGGCACGCUUAAGAGAAUAAUACCAACUUAUUUAUGUAAUAAAAAUGUUAUAUAUUUACAGCUUAAAUGAAAUAGAUACUACUAAAAUUGAUCUUAGUGCUCUAUAUUUUAAUAGUGUUAUACCAAAUGUUAGUUACAUUGUGAAAUACAUGUAGAUAUAUAAAAUAA